GUUAAGGAAACUAGUGUAUAUAUAAUCCGAUUUCUGUUGACAAAAAACUGGUAAAAUAAAAGGAGAAAGAAAAUGGAGAAAUACAGCAGCCUAGAAAUCGAUUCAUCAUCAUCAUCGGGGGUGUGCACGGUCUACCUAAACAGGCCACGUCAGAGCAACGCACUCUCACCAGAAUUCUUUGAUGAAUUCCCAAAAGCCCUUUCCUCUGUUGACCAAAACCCCAACGUUUCCGUCAUCAUCUUAUCCGCCAAAGGAAACCAUUUCUGCGCCGGCAUCGAUCUCAAAGCCCUCUCCUCACUUACCGCUUCAAAUCACUCUGACCGUGGUCGCUUCGGUGAAAAGAUCCGGCGUGAUAUAAAGCAUAUGCAGGACGCCAUCACGGCCAUCGAGAAGUGUAGGAAGCCCGUGAUCGCCGCCGUUCACGGUGCUUGUAUCGGCGGCGGGGUUGAUAUCAUAACCGCCUGUGAUAUCAGGUACUGCACACAAGAUGCGUUGUUCUCUGUGAAGGAAGUGGAUCUGGCGAUCACAGCUGAUCUGGGGUCGCUUCAGAGGUUGCCUGCCAUCGUUGGAUAUGCAACCGCUAUGGAACUGGCUCUGACUGCCAGGUCUUUUUCCGGUUCAGAGGCUAAAAAAUUGGGACUUGUUUCUGAAGCUUUUGCUUCUAAACAAGACUUGUAUCGGGCUGUUAUGUCCAUCGCACAGGGGAUUGCUGCAAAAUCUCCGCUUGCUGUGACAGGGACGAAAACAGUGCUGCUAAAGAGUAGAGAUAUGUCGGUGGAUCAAGGUUUGGAAUAUGUUGCUACUUGGAACUCUGCAAUGAUGUUAUCAGAUGAUUUAAAGGAGGUAGCAUCAGCACAAGUUCAAAAGAGAAAACCUUCAUUUUCCAAGCUUUAAUUCAUAUCGUCUUGGUUUCAUGUCUUUGUAAUCAGUGGUUAUAUGUUGUAUGUUAGACACCCAAAAGGUAAAGGUAAUGUGUUUUGAAGCCUUAAAAUUGAAUUGUUGGUUAUUGUGUAAUGAGUCACAAAUAUGGGGACUUCUUUUUUACUAUGUUACUUUGAUGUGUUUAUGAAACUACACGUCCUCCCUCAACACCCUUUGUGGAGCGACCCUAUAUUAAAACUUAAA